AUGGUCGGGCAAACGAGGAGUAAGCUCAAAGAAGCGGCUUCAGAGCCGGUCCAGUCCUCGCGCUCCGUGCAGUCCCGGCGGCGGCGCCGGGCCACCGGAGCCGGGGAGCCGGAGAUGGAGGAGCCGCAGGCGGAGACGGAAAAGCGGCAGCCGCCUUUGCCCGUAGGCGGGGGGAACCUGCCGGGGGGCUCCCGGGAUUACUCGCCGCGGAGGACCCGAAACCUGAACGCGCAGAAUUGCAUGCAAAUGGAAGUGGUCGCCAAGACCCUUCUUCUCGGUCGCUUCCAGUUCCUCAGCUGUUUGCUGGAGCAGCUCCGGGAGAAGGUGCUGCAGUUUCGGAGACGACAGGUCAACAGCAGGACCUCCUUCGGCAUAGCUGCCUUUGUGGGAGUUUUGCACUGGAUGCAUUUAGUAACACUUUUUGAAAAUGAUCGUCAUUUUUCUCACCUCUCAUCUUUAGAACGGGAGAUGACUUUUCGAACUGAAAUGGGACUUUAUUAUUCCUACUUCAAGACCAUUAUUGAAGCACCUUCAUUUUUGGAAGGACUGUGGAUGAUUAUGAAUGAUAGGCUCACUGAAUAUCCCCUUGUAAUUAAUACAGUGAAACGCUUCCAUCUUUACCCAGAGGUGAUUAUAGCCUUCUGGUAUCGUAUAUUUGUGGGAAUAAUGAGUUUAUUUGGGCUAGAAGCUAAGACCUGCUGGAAUGUCACCAGAGUAGAACCUUUAAAUGAAGUUCAAAGUUGUGAAGGAUUGGGAGACCCUGCUUGCUUUUAUGUUGCUGUGAUUUUUAUUUUAAAUGGAGUAAUGAUGGGAUUGUUCUUCAUAUAUGGUGCAUACCUGAGUGGGACUCAACUUGGAGGUCUAAUAACAGUAUUAUGCUACUUUUUCAACCAUGGAGAGGCUACCCGUGUAAUGUGGACACCACCUCUCCGGGAAAGUUUCUCAUACCCAUUUCUUGUACUUCAGAUGUGCAUUUUAACUUUGAUUCUCAGGACCUCGAACAAUAGUAGAAGGCAUUUUAUUGCACUCUGUCUUUCCAAUGUUGCUUUUAUGCUUCCCUGGCAGUUUGCUCAGUUUAUACUUUUUACUCAGAUAGCUUCAUUAUUUCCCAUGUAUGUUGUGGGGUACAUUGAGCCAAACAAAUUUCAGAAGAUCAUUUAUAUGAACAUGAUUUCAGUUCUCCUUUGUUUUGUGUUGAUGUUUGGAAAUCCAAUGUAUUUAUCUUCUUAUUAUUCAUCAUCUUUGUUAAUGACAUGGGUGAUAAUUCUAAAGAGAAAUCAAAUUCAAAGAUUGGGAGUGUCUGAACUCAACUUUUGGCUGAUUCAAGGCUUUGCCUGGUUGUGUGGAACAAUUAUUCUGAAAUUUCUGACAUCUAAAAUGUUAGGUGUUUCAGAUCAUAUUCGCCUGAGUGACCUUAUAGCAGCCAGAAUCUUAAGGUAUACAGAUUUUGAUACCUUAAUUUACACCUGUGCUCCUGAAUUUGACUUCAUGGAAAAAGCGACUCCAUUGAGAUACACAAAGACAUUAUUGCUUCCAGUUGUUAUGUUGAUUACUUAUUUUAUCUUUAAAAAGGCUACUCGUGAUAUUUUAUGUGUCUUAUCUGCAAACACCUAUCAAAGAAAACAGCUCCUUGAACAUGGUGAGCUGAUUUUUCACACAUUGCAACUGUUAGCGUUCACUAUCCUUGCCAUUUUAAUUAUGAGGCUGAAGUUGUUUCUAACACCUCACAUGUGUGUUGUAGCUUCCUUGGUGUGCUCUCGACGGCUCUUCGGCUGGGUUUUUUGCAGAGUUCGCUUUGAGAAUGUUAUCUUUGGCAUUCUAGUAGUGAUGUCAAUACAGGGUUGUGCAAACCUCCAUAAUCAAUGGAGCAUAAUAGGAGAAUUUAAUAAUUUGCCUCAGGAAGAACUGAUACAAUGGAUCACAUACAAUACUAGACCAGAUGCUGUUUUUGCCGGUGCCAUGCCUACAAUGGCCAGUGUCAAGCUGUCUACCCUUCACCCCAUUGUGAAUCAUCCGCAUUAUGAGGAUGCAGACUUGAGGGCCCGGACAAAAAUAGUUUAUUCCACAUACAGUCGAAAAUCUGCAAAAGAAGUGAGAGAUAAAUUGUUGGCGUUACAUGUGAAUUAUUAUGUCUUGGAAGAGGCAUGGUGUGUUGUGAGAACUAAGCCUGGGUGCAGUAUGCUGGAAAUUUGGGAUGUGGAAGACCCUUCCAAUACAGCUAAUCCUCCCUUAUGUAGCGUCUUGCUCACGGACCCGAGGCCCUACUUCACCACAGUAUUUCAAAAUAGUAUGUACAGAGUAUUAAAGGUUAACUGACAACGAGACUACCUAUCACACUGUGAUGCAAAGAGGUGUGUAGAAAACCAUCACUUUGGCUUAUUUACAUAAAAGAAAAUCACAAG